ACUUGCUCUGUAGACCAGGCUGGCCUCGAACUCACAGAGAUCCGCCUGCCUCUGCCUCCCAAGUGCUGGGAUUAAAGGCGUGCGCCACCAACAUAGAAUGUAGUUCUGAGGCAGCGUUCACUACUAACAUUUGCUGGAUUCCAUCCCCAGCGCCAGACAAAAGCAAACAAAAACACCUGUUAAAGUUGAUCUUGACCAAGAUAAUGACAAGGGCCCAGAGCAUCCUGACCCUGGUCCAGUGCCCAUUUAGCCCCCUCCCAUUGUGACAUACAUGUUCUAUAAUGAACAGGUCAGUAUUGUGAGGUAGGGUCUGGUGUAAAGGGGACUAUGAGGUGACCCUGUAGAAAGCUGGAGAGUAGGGCAGGAGGAAUAGGGCUAUUCCUUCACAAACAGGGACUUUGGGGCAGCCAUGUCCUACUUCAUGUCGCCACAAACUCAUCUGGGGCUUCUGCCUUCUGGCCAAGGUGGGGCUGCUGCUUCAGGUUCGUCCCUUGGUCUCUAUAGUUCUGCAGAGCCAGUGGUGGUGGCAUCUGGUGGAUUAGGUCCAUUCAGCCAGAAAGCUGAGCAGGUGGUACCUGCUGCCCAGGCCUGGGGCCCUCCCUUGGCAGUGCCUGAAGCCAGGGGCUGCUCUGGGGGUGCUAGCUGGGAGACACCGCGGAGGAAGGAACACAACCGAUACUGCCCCAAAUUGCCCCCCAUGAGGCAGCUGGAGAACUUGGGCUGGGCAGACCCCUGCUCCCGAAGCAGAGCUCCCCACUUGGGUGGCCCUAGCAGGCCCCGGCCCCUGCUGCUGUGUGGGCUGUCACCAGGGGUUCUGACGAUGGCCUCCGAGGCAGGUGGGAAGGAGGCUGGCUCCCAGACUGACAUCUGCAUCCUAACCCUAGCCAUGAUGAUCGCUGGCAUCCCCACCGUGCCUGUUCCAGGCCUGCGGGAAGAGGACCUGAUCCGGGCAGCUCAAGCUUUCAUGAUGGCCCAUCCAGAGCCAGAGGGAGCUGUGAAGGGGGUGCAGUGGGAACAGGCACAUGCCCACAUGGCCUCUGGACAGAUGCCUCUAGUGAGAUCCAGGAGGGGCUCCUGCUUGUAGCCAGAUGAAAUAGCAUGAGAUGCAUAGGGCGGCUUCUCCGUAUGGUUUUUGGGCAGAUAGGGUUGGGGAUGGCUAUGGCAGGGAUGGGAAGAGGGUGUGGUAACUGAGCCAUCCUGAUAAAUUGCUUUGUUAGGACCACCCCCCAGGAAGUCCUUGAUACCACUAAGAGAGAUAGUUGACCAGGUUAAAUCAAGUAACUUAGGUGGGAAGCCCUGUUUAGAGAGUAGAGGCUAAUUUUAUAUUGAGGAACCUGAGAAGUUUUUGUCUAAAGUUCUAGACAGUUUGGAUUUUCUUUUUGCCUUGUGUCCCAGCUUCCAGAAGACAGAUGGGAAUGCAGGCAAAUGAUGGAAAACGCUCGGCUGAGCAAACCCUACAAAUACAGACAAAUAGAAACCUAUUCUUUUUUUUGGUUUUUCGAGACAGGGUUUCUCUGUGGCUUUGGAGGCUGUCCUGGAACUCACUUGGUAGUCCAGGCUGGUCUCGAACUCACAGAGAUCCGCCUGCCUCUGCCUCCCGAGUGCUGGGAUUAAAGGCAUGCAAGCCACCAACGCCCGGCUCCUAUUCUUUUUUUUAAUAUGACCAACCCUGUGAGGAUGCCCAUUUUAUAGAUAAACUGAGGCUUAGAGAGCUGCUUGCUUGGAGUCUCACAGCUAGUAGAGGCAGGAGCAGAUAGAAACCAUGGCGGGUAAAAGAACCGGAGCAACACUCACAUGUAGCCCCGCCCUGCCAAUUCUCUUCCUUUCAAGGCCCAUAUGAAACACACAAGACAAGUACGGGGUACAACCGUCACUUUAUUGAUCCUAGGGUGGAGCAGGAAGACCUGGGAAGCCUGGCUGAGCCACCACAGCAGCCUCUUUCAGAGAGUCCUUGAGCUCUAUUUUCCCUUAUGAAAAAGUUGUCAAAACCGAAGCCAGAUUGUACAACAGGGACUGUAUUCGAUCAUCAAAGUCCACAAUAUUUACUACUGAGUCCUUAACAGAAAACAUUUUCUGACAUGUUUUAUGGAGCUUGACACAUUCUAGACAGAAGGCUGGAGUGGAGCAGAAGACUUCACUUCUGGAAGGGAGUGUAACUGUGUGUGUAGAGGGAUGUGAAUGUA